UCACCGGUUCCUCUUCCGAUCUAUCUGGUUUCGAACGAGAUAAGAAAGUCUAUCGGCGAAAAUAACUCUUGCAGAGCGGUGAAUUAAAAUUAAAAAAAAGUUCAAUUACUUUUAUACAUUUUAAAAAAGUGACAUAGGUAUAGUGCCGGCAAAACACGCGAAUGUAGAGCGGUUUACAAAAAACUAUUCCUAUUUUAAAAUUGAAAAAGUUUAUUACUAAAUUGUUUCACUAGUGGCCAGUUACAUAAAAGUGACAUCUUAAACUGUGAUAUUAUUAAGCGAUUAUAAAAAUAACUUAUUUAUUUAUUUUGUGGAUUUUAAUUGAAGAAAAUGGAUAGUGUGACUUUCUAAUUCCAGUGCUAAUAAAAAUUGAAUUUCAAAAUGAAGUGGGCGUAUAUUUUAUUUAUGUUGGUUUCGAUAUGUUUUAAGUUUGGUGAAUUCAGUGAGCUACAAAAUAUUACAAGCCCAUACCCUUGCACAGACCUGAACCACCUGUUCCUAGCGCCAGGAGUGCUCACAGCCGGGGGCAGCAAUAGGGCCUGUGUAUCCAGGUUCGCCCCAGAUGGCCCUGCGAGGAUGGAGCUCACCUUGAUCUCUGGUGACGAGGCAGAAGCUAUGGCAUCGAGAGAACUUCCACCAGGUGAUGGUGGCUGCAUUGAUAUCGCUGUUCCACAGAAACCAAAUACCAAAGCAAAGUUGGUGGUAAGCUUAUGGUACCCCGAAUCCAAAUGCUCAUGGCAGCGGGAGCUAGCAGUGACCAUUUCAAGCGGUCGGGUCGUAGUGGCGCACACAGAGCGCUCUCGCUACCGGCCGGGGGACACGCUGCGAGCACGUGUCAUAGUGCUAAAGCCGGACCUAACACCAGCUCAUGGUGUGAUCGACGAAGUCUGGCUGGAAGGUCCCGCGGGUGCGUGGGAGGGUACAAGGGCUGCGCAAUGGUUCCGAGUGAGAACUCGCAUGGGCAUCGCUCAGUUACAACAUGAGCUGGUUGGAGCUCCUACUGGCAGAUGGACGCUACGGGUGAAACUAGCGGAUGGUGCGCAGGGUGCAGCAGUGUUCUGGGUGGGAAACUAUGAGCUUCCGCCCUUCCAACUAAGCGUGCGCCACGCACCUCGAGUUUUGAGGACCAGCGAGAGGCUGGUGUGGACUGUAUGCGUAAGAUAUCCCUGGACCGAAGCAGUAGAAGGCAUGCUGGUCAUCCGGAUCCGAGGAGCGGGCGGCACUGUGGUCGCGCAAGAGGCAUCUAGUAGCAGCAUCAAGACCGUCGUCAGGAUUAAGGCACCUCGAGCUUGUCAUAGACACGCGGCGGCUGCCAGAAGAGUUGGGCUGAACGGGACUAAUCCACCUGAUGUGGUGGUGGCUGACUUCUCUUUCCAAGAGGACGGUACCAGAAUAUGGCAGAACACCACAGUCGUGUCAGAAGUUGUGGACUCACCAAUCUCCCUGCAGUUCUUGACGAAACACCGGCCAGUAAUCUCCCCAGGAUUACCUUAUAAAUUGAAGGUGAAAGCAACCCGCUGGGACGACAAGCCAGCGGCAAACGAACGGAUUAAAGUCUGCCGAGUGCCUGGUUUCCUCGCCGACUACAAGCCUUCUGCGCUGAACGAUUCCUGCCACGAAGCGCUGACCGACGACAAGGGAGUGGCCAAAGUCAUGUUCACAGCUAAUGAAGACGGCGGCAGCUAUUACAAUUUUCAGGCGUCUCUCCAUAACGACAGCAGCGUAUCAACCUCGCUGUACGUGGCCACACGGCGUGAUGACGUCACCGCCGCACUGGGGCCUCUCAGGCCCGAAGCAGGCUCCGGGAGAACAUUUGUGCCACUAUACAUCAACCUGAGAAACGUGUCCAAGCCACUUACAGUCCACUUUGUGGUAAUCACUAGAGGAGGAACCAUUUAUCGUUGGGGAGCGACCACACAAUGUCCCCAGACCAGUUCAUCUGACUACAUACCCACCACAUCCAGAAACGCUCAAUGCUACAAUGCAAAUCCAGACUUUACGGUCACAAAUUCUCAAACAAAUUCAGCCAGAAUCCUAUCCAAUGAUACCAUCUUCGACGGGAAUGACCCAGACACCUUACUAGACAGGCAUAUGCUGAGGGUCAUGCUGCCGAUCAAAGUGACGCACCAAAUGUGCCCCGAUAGCCAUUUGAUCGCCUACUUCUACUUUAAUGGAGAACUCGUCAGUGCUAGCAAGCAGUUUGAGAUGGACGAGUGUUUCAGCAAUAAGGUGGAAGCCACCUGGUUAUGCCGGCAAGUGGCCCCUGGUGGUACAGCCAGUCUUCGCAUCACGACCCCUGGACCAGCGCUGUGCGCCCUCACAGUGGUGGACUCAGCAGCUAAGUGGAACCAGCCAGCACCUACCGUGCGGGAACUGGUUAUGACGGGUCUGAGAAGACUGAUGGACAGCCAUCGGAACCUGACGGAGUAUGAGGCAGCUGGGUCUUGCUUUUUAACAACAGACCUGCAGCAGUUCCCAUCGAGCAGCAUAGAGCUGACGGCCACGUGGUUAGCAGUAGCGGGGGUGCGGGUGGCGGGCGGAGGUAACCGCGCGGGCAUCGCCUGCCUGGCGCCACCUUCACCCAUGUUUGAGGACUCUACGGUGCCGAGGAGCGACUUCUCAGAGGCGUGGUUGUGGCGGCUAGUGGGUGUUGGAGGCAAUGGUUCAGCAGUGGCUUCGGCUAAAGCACCUGACUCCAUCAGCAGGUUCGAGGCUUCGGCAGUCUGCCUAGCGCGGACUGGCAUCGCCAUAUCACAACCGGCUGUUCUUCAGGUUUUCCGCGAAUUCUUCAUCCACGCUGACUGUCCUCGACGACUGAAGCGUGGGGACGCCACUAUAGUGCGGUACCGCCUGUUCAACUACCUGUAUGAACCACUCAGCGUCCAAAUCCAGAUCCUAACAGACGCCCGGCUCGAAGGACCAACAGAGCACGUGGAGUGGGCGUGCGUGCCCGCACGCGCUUCUGUGGCACGACGCGCAGAGAUCAGGGCUAGACUUACUGGCAACGCGCGAUUGAGCGUACGAGCCAAGGCUGUACGCGACCGGAGUUGUGCGAAUGGCACUGCUGCCAGUUCACAGGCCAGCGACGAAGUUAUCAUCAACAUCACAGUCGACCCAGAGGGAGUACCGGUUCAAGAACACAAAUCUAUAUUGCUUUGCGGCAAAGGCAGUAUAGAGUCCAGCCAGUCUGAAGUGUCUUGGACUUGGCCACCCAUCCAACCAGUACCAGGGACUGAAUCCCUCACUGUGUGGGCAAUCGGUGACGUCACAGGCCCUCUACUAGCUGACGCAGAUUCCCUAGUGACGCUGCCGCGCGGUUGUGGCGAACAGAACAUGGCGCGACUUGCUACCAACUUACUGGCGCUUUCGCAGCUCGACCCCGCCGGCGCGCCCGCUGCCACUGCUAAGCUACACGUGGCUAGAGGGUUCACGCGGCAGCUGCAGUAUGCGCACGCUCGCGGCGGGUUCAGCGCCUUCGGGCCGGCCGACGCAACCCCUUCCACCUGGCUCACGGCUUUUGCACUGCGCUACUUGAGGAGAGCCCACCAGAUCCUAACGCCUGGACUACCAGUGCCUCCAGCUAUAGAGCGAGCUGAGCGCUGGCUCCUAGACCAGCAAAUGGAAAAUGGAUGCUUUAGAAACGAAGGGCAGGUGUUCCACAAAGAAUUGAGGGGAGGUCUAAACGAAGAAGGCGAGAUCGCCAGCGUGGCUUUAACCGCCUACGUCAUCGCCUCAUUAGUCGAGAGUACCGCUCCCCUCCCAGCCAGAGUGUUACGAAACACUCUGACGUGCCUUCGUGCCCUUCCUCCGAUGAAGGCUCGCACUCCUACCAGAGUGUAUGCCCAUGCUCUGUUAGGGUAUACCUUUAUGAGGCUAAGGAGCUACGAAGAUGAGCUUAGAAAGAGCAAUGAAGCGAGUCUCGUAUGGGACAGCAAGGAGGCAGUCGGCGCGGGACUGAAGGAAGAAGAAGAGUUGGGCGAGCUGAUGGAACUGCUCAAGAUCGCUCGUAGGAACGGCGACUACGUGUGGUGGGAAACCAGUAGUCUCUCCACAUCAAUAGAAGCCACAGGCUACGCUCUCCUAGCUCUAUCGUACUGCCCAUCAUCACUACGCGCCACCAGCUGUGCAGUAGACGCUCGCGCCGCUACACGCUGGCUUUCCUCGCAUAGAAGCUUUGCUGGAGGAUUCCUGUCCACUCAGGACACUCUAGUAGCCUUAGAAGCUCUAACAGCAUGGUCGUCAGUGCAGCCACCACCAGCAGCCAACCUGACCGUAAGAGUGCGUUCUGGGGAUGCCAAGCCAACUCUCCUGCACCCGGGAGGCAAAGUGCCGGAUAUGGUCAAGAUGACCGCCAGUGGUCAACUAGACGUGGCGGUUGAAGGCACCGGCUGCGCCCUCAUCCAAGCGACGCGCUCGCACCACAGCGCGGGCUCGGACCGCGACCUGGACAAGCGGCUGUCUGUCCAGGCUUCUGUCUCCACCGACGGCAGCUUCGACUGCGACGCUUCUGGCAACAACUGUUUCUGUGCCGCUAUUGUAGAGGCGUGCGUGGUGUGGGCGGGCGCGUUCCCGGCGAUGGCGCUGCUGGAGCUGGCGCUGCCGGCCGGCUUCGGCGCCGACGCGCCGCGCCUCUACGCGCAGCGCACGCCCGACCAAGCGCUUCUACGCCGGAUAGAACUCGCACCAAACGGCGGACGAGCCACCUUAUAUCUCGGCACGCGUGACGGGACGAGCCCGGCGCGCGGGGGCCACGCGUGCUUCAGCGUGCACGCCGUGGGGCCGCGCGCGCGCACCCGCCCCGCCCACGUGCGCGUCAUCGACUACUAUGCGCCCACCGCCAACGAUACUCAGAUGUACACCAUCCCAGAAGACUGUCCCGCCCGCAUCACCCAUGAAUCACCGGAGUACCACUCUUCCGACAAUCUCUUCACUAAAGCCAAGUCCCUCAACCACAGCGGCGAACUUGUCAUAACCCAUGAGUUCUCCUUCGAGGACAUUCCCGAAGGCAUACCCUUGGAAGACCCGAUCUAUGACACUUUGAAUAGAGACGAAAUCGCCUAUUUGAGCAAGUUCAACGAAGUGACACCAAGAAAGAACACCGAAUAUGAUGAAAACAGCAUUAAUACCAUACCAGAAGAUAUUUUUACAACUGAAAUGAACUCAAAAACCAAUGAACAAAUUAACAAUGAACAAACUGAGAAACUCAAAAUAACAUUCACUGAUGCUGCAGAAGAACCAACUCAUGACUCAACAAGAAAAGGCAAAAGUUACAGCCAAGCUAAUUUCAGAAAUACGGAAAACAGUAACUAUUUUGCCCGAAAUUCAAAUCAAGCGUAUAGUCCAAGAUUGGCCAAAUUUGAUGAUGAUCAGGAGAAAUUUGAUGAUCCUGAAGUGGCAUACAAAGAUUAUUCUGAUACAGUAACUCGCACUUUUACACUAAAUUAUAAUAAUUACUAUGACAAUUACAUUAAAAAACACAAUAUUACGCCUGAGCCACGUAUAGCUAGUACAAGGGAUAUACAAUACAAUGAUUCAAAUGCAAAUUGGUUAAUCAAAGAAAAAGAAGAUCUUAGUAACUCAAACACUACAGUUACUAAAGCAAUGUCUGAAGCACUAACAGAAUUAUCUAGUCCAAAAUACGAGGAAAACGUUUCUCCAAAUUUAGCACCGACAAUUCAAGAGCACAAAACAUCGACUCCAAUUGAAGAACUGACGAAUCCAAAUGCUGAAACUCCUAAAGAAGCUUCACUUGGUGAAGUAAUGAAUCCUAAUUUAGCAAGUUUCCACGUCAUCGAUAGUGAAAAGGAUCUUGAAGUUCCAACGGGAAUAGAGGGGCCAGUGCCCGCUGUGGUGCUGCCUCCACAGAACUUUGUGGCGGUGCCGCCUCCACCAGGUUUCCAGCCGCAGUUUGUAAUUGGAGGGUACCCGCGAGGCCUACCCUCUCCCAGCGCCUACUACCUACCCCCGUUCCGACGUGACGCGACCUACAUCCGUUACCCCUACUAUUACGGGAGGAACAGCCCUCCUGCUGGUUGA